AUGAAUGGUGCUAAUGUUGCACAACAAGGCGGGAGGCCACAACGCGCUACCGAAUUGUAUUCGUGUGCACGUUGUAGGAAAUUAAAGAAGAAGUGUGGUAAACAAAUACCAACAUGUGCGAAUUGUGAUAAAAAUGGAGCAUAUUGUUCGUAUCCAGGUAGAGCCCCAAGACGCACUAAGAAAGAGUUGGCAGAUGCCAUGCUCCGAGGGGAAUAUGUUCCAGUAAAAAGGAAUAAGAAAGCAGGAAAGAGCCCUUUGAGUGAUAAGAGUAUGAUGACCUCUUCUAGUUCAUUAUCGACAAAUGGCGCUAUAACGCCGGGGUUUUCACCUUAUGAAAACGAUGAUGCGCAUAAGAAUAAACAGCUAAAACCCACCGAUCCUAUAAAUCUUGUCAUUGGAGCAAGUCCGAAUUCUAGUGAAGGUGUGUCAUCGCUAAUUUCGGUGCUUACGUCAUUGAAUGAUAGUUCCAAUCCUUCCUCGAAUUUAUCUUCUAACGAAAAUUCCAUGAUACCUUCCCGAUCGAUGCCUGCUCCGGUACAACAUAAUCCGUCAUCAUUUGGAGGAUACAACACGCCUUCACCGCUAAUUACCGGUUCAACACCCGCAAAUACCCAUUCUGUACCGCUACAAAACAACAAUCGCAAUCCUGACAACAGUGAUAACGGCAACACUAUUAACCACAAUAAUACACAGAACAAUCUUAGCUCUUAUGAAAAUAAAUCUGUUCCUAGUGGAAAAUACGAUUCUGUACCAGUUGAUGCAUCCUCUAUUGAGUUUGAAACCCUUUCAUGUUGUUUUAAAGGUGGCAGAACAACAUCAUGGGUCAGAGAGGAUGGUUCGUUCAAAUCAAUCGAUAGGUCUUUACUGGACAGGUUUAUUGCUGCAUACUUUAAACACAAUCAUCGUUUAUUUCCCAUGAUUGAUAAAAUAGCUUUCCUAAAUGACGCAGCCACGAUUACAGACUUCGAAACAUUCUGUGACAAUAAAAACUUUCCUGACAGCUUUGUUUUCAAAGUAUACAUGAUAAUGGCCAUUGGUUGCACAACUUUACAACGUGCUGGUAUGGUUUCACAGGACGAAGAAUGUCUCAGUGAGCAUUUGGCAUUUUUGGCCAUGAAGAAAUUUCGCAGCGUUAUAAUAUUACAAGAUAUCGAAACAGUACGAUGUCUGUUAUUGUUGGGUAUUUAUUCCUUCUUUGAGCCAAAGGGCUCCUCAUCAUGGACGAUCAGCGGUAUCAUAAUGAGAUUGACCAUAGGACUAGGUCUAAAUAGGGAAUUGACUGCGAAAAAACUCAAGAGUAUGUCUGCCUUAGAAGCAGAAGCAAGAUAUAGGGUGUUCUGGAGUGCCUACUGCUUUGAGAGGCUAGUAUGCACUUCACUGGGACGUAUUUCUGGAAUAGACGACGAAGACAUCACCGUACCACUCCCAAGGGCGCUGUAUGUAGAUGAAAGGGACGAUUUGGAGAUGACUAAGUUGAUGAUAUCGUUAAGAAAAAUGGGUGGUCGCAUAUAUAAACAAGUUCACUCUGUAAGUGCAGGGCGACAAAAAUUAACCAUAGAACAAAAGCAGGUGAUCAUAAAUGGAUUGCGUAAGGAGUUAGACGAAAUUUACUCUCGGGAAUCAGAAAGAAGGAGACUGAAAAGUUCUCAAAUGGACCAGGUGGAAAGAGAAAACAAUUCUUCUACAAAUGUAAUAUCCUUCCAUAGUUCAGAGAUUUGGUUGGCAAUGAGGUACUCUCAAUUGCAAAUCUUACUGUACAGACCAUCUGCAUUGAUACCGAAACCGCCUAUUGACUCAUUGUCUACAUUGGGCGAAUUUUGCCUGCAAGCGUGGAAACACACUUACACGUUGUACAAGAAGCGACUGUUGCCCUUAAAUUGGAUAACCCUUUUUAGAACAUUAACCAUUUGUAACACUAUUUUAUACUGCCUUUGUCAGUGGAGCAUUGACCUUAUUGAGAGUAAAAUCGAGAUCCAGCAGUGUGUUGAGAUACUAAGGCAUUUCGGCGAAAGAUGGAUUUUCGCUAUGAAGUGCGCAGACGUUUUUCAAAACAUAAGUAACACCAUUCUCGACAUUAGUUUGAGUCAUGGCAAAGUUCCUAAUAUGGACCAACUAACAAGAGAGUUAUUUGGCGCCAGCGAUUCUUACCAAGAUAUAUUAGAUGAAAAUAAUGUCGACGUCUCCUGGGUUGAUAAACUUGUAUGA